AUGGAGAAACCAUGGCACGCAUCCUUUCCCACGCCGCGCACAACGGAUCCCGACUCCAUAUCGCGAGAAGACCUACUCUCUCGCUUCAAAGCAGGAGAGCGAGGCGGAGCGGAUUUCCUCCUCGUCGACCUAAGGAGGAAUGAUCAUGAGGGCGGUACCAUCCGCACCUCUCUGAACCUCCCCGCGCAAACCCUUUUCCCAUCCCUCUCAACCCUGCACGCACUGUGCGUUAGCGCCAAGAUCCCCUUGGUGAUUUUCUACUGCGGCUCCUCACGAGGUCGAGGCACGCGGGCGGCCGGGUGGUUGGCAGAUUUCAUCGAGGAGCAUUUACCGUCAGCGCCCACAUCGGGCGAUGAGGCGCCAUGGGUGGUGAAGAGUGCAAUUCUCCAAGGCGGCAUUAAAGCGUGGGUUGCCGGGGGGGAGGAAUACGUGAGCUGGAUGGAUGGGUUUGAGGAGAACGUGUGGAGGAACUCGAAGGAGUAG